AAAAGUACGCCGCUUGUGAGGAAGGAAACCUUCAGUGCGGUGACCAUGCAGGCCCAGGUCCCCCCGCGCCGUCCCUCCUUCCUCAUCGAGGACAUCUUACGGACCGAGCCGCGGGGACAGACGCUGCCCAAGCCGGCCAGCUUCGCCGCUCCGGAGCCGCAGAAGUUCGGGCUGUGCAGCAUCCUGGCCCCGACGCCUCGCCACCCCUGCUUCCAGACACAGACCUCAGUUGCGGACUUCCUGCUGCACUACCACCACCCGCACCCGCACCAGCCGGCGGCCGGCCCGUUCUCCGUCCCGCUCCCUCUGCCCGUAUACCUGCGCGCCAAGCCAGACCCGGCUCCGGAGGGCGCCAACGGGGUGCGCGUGAAGAAGUGCCGCCGGAGCCGCACGGUGUUCACGGAGCUGCAGCUGCUCGGGCUGGAGAAGCGGUUCGAGAAGCAGAAGUACCUCAGCACGCCGGACAGGGUGGAGCUGGCCGAGUCGCUGGGUCUGAGCCAGCUGCAGGUCAAGACAUGGUACCAGAACAGGAGGAUGAAGUGGAAAAAGAUGGUGCUACAGGGCGGCGGACAGGAGUCCCCCACCAAGCCCAAAGGCCGACCCAGGAAGGAGCAGAGCGACUAUCUGAACCACGGGGAGGAGCAGGAAGUCACCACCACGUCACCGGGCGCGUCACUUCCGGUCUCCUCCAGCCCAGCAUCCUCCUCCCCAUCACCCAGCCCGUCCUCUCAACCUGUGACGUCAUCGGAGCCGAAGGAGCAUGCGCAGAAACACGUACUACAGGACCUGGAGCAGUGAAGCCAUCAUAUCUCGUGCCACACUAAAGUCGCUUGGACGACGCUGUAACGUUACAUGUGACAGAAAACUGGCAACCACUCUCAAUGCCUUCACAUGUUGUGGCAGAUCCACUGAAAGUGGCAACAUCAUUGAAUUUUGUGACUUUGACCUUUUUCGGACGACGCCAUACAUGCGACAGAGCUGUACCGAACAGUACUGGAACUGGACACCGAACUCCCGGAGUGCCGUCACAUUUCCUUAAAGCAGAUCCACUGAAAGUGGC